AUGGGAGGAGGAGGAGGGCGCGCACCAUGCUGCGAUAAGAGUAAGGUGAAAAGAGGGCCUUGGAGUCCCGCGGAGGAUGUCAGGCUCGUCUCCUUCAUUCAAAAACACGGUCAUCCCAAUUGGCGUUCGCUCCCCAAACAAGCCGGUUUGCUAAGAUGUGGAAAGAGCUGCCGUUUGAGAUGGAUAAAUUACCUAAGACCUGACCUCAAGAGAGGAAAUUUUACUCCUCAAGAAGAGCAUUCCAUUAUUCGCCUUCACGCCACCUAUGGGAACAAGUGGUCGAAGAUUGCAUCUCAUUUGCCUGGACGAACAGAUAACGAGAUAAAAAACGUAUGGAAUACACAUUUGAAGAAAAGAUCACUAGUCAUAGAUAAUACUACUAAUUAUAAUGAUACCAACAAAAAUCAAAGAGAAGAUGUUCCCAAAAUCUCAAAUGGUCAAGAAAUCUCUGAAGGUACAAUAAUAGAUCAACCAUCAACCCCAUCUUCGACUAUAUCUUGCAAUUCGGAUCAAGAUAAUGGUAAUAAGGCAUGUUGCAGCUGGGACAGUACUACUACUACUACUACUACUCCAUGUCAAUAUUAUGAGACAAUUAGAAUCAAUAAUCAAGAAAUUCCUUUAGAAUCAGAGGUUGAGUUUUGGAACAUGCUCGAGUCGUCGCAUCAACCAAUAACAGACGACGAGCAUGAUCAUGAAUUAGGCGUGGUCGGUCCUAUCAAUAAACCGUCAUCAUGUAAAGAUCGAGAUAUGGAAGUUGAGUAUUGGGUCAGAUUAUUGGAGGAAGAACUUGAAUUAGUAAGUCCAACUCCUGAUAACAAAGAUAUUGAACAAACCCAGAACAAUAAGGAUGUUCACGAAAUGUGGUGCAAAACAUUAAGCGACCAGAUAUCUCCAUUUUGGCCUACUUCACCUAUGAAUAAUGGGUUCUUUUAA